UGCAAGCCGCACGAUGACUGCAAGUUUGCACAGCUGUUUGUAGACACAAGUAGUCAGCUGAUCUUAUUCACUUGUAACUGUCAGGCGGAGUCUAGUGUGUGUUAGCGUCUGCUAGUCUGUGGUGUUAAUUUAGUUAGACACUACUCGCAAUGGAGGAAAAUAAAGUGCUGGAAGUCGUAGAAGAGGAGACUGAACUUGGAGCGAUGGAGAUGACACAGGCUAAGUCUAAGGCUAAUGCUGAAGAGGUCCAGAAGGAUUGUCCCUUUCAGUUCAACCCGUUGACGGACGACCUGUCUGUGGCGGUGCGAGGGGCGUGUACCCUAAUGCCCCCGGCCGAGGUGACGGUGUCCCCGCCAGGGUGUGUCCUCCCUGAGAACUACUGCAACUACGCCCGCAGGAUCAGGAACCUGGAGGUUCGGGAAGACGACGUCUGGGUAGUGUCUUUCCCGAAGUGUGGUUCACGGUUGACUCAGGAGAUGGUUUGGUUGCUCAGUAACAACCUUGAUUAUGGAGAAGCCAAGAACACCGUCCUCUACAAACGUUUUGUAUUUCUCGAGUACAUCACUCUCUGGCCGGAAGGUGCUGACCAGCCAGACACAGUUUCCUGGGUAGAAGAUAUGCCUUCGCCGAGGUUCAUCAAGACACAUCUACCUCUAGAGCUACUGCCUGAGGAACUUUGGACCAAAAAACCUAAGAUAAUAUAUAUAGGUCGGAAUCCCAAGGACACCGCCAUAGCUUACUUCGGGCACUACAAGAGAUUCUACAAAUACACUGGGACUCAAGAACUAUUCUUCGAGGCAUUUUACCGUGAUAAGGUUGUGUACAGCCCAUUCUGGGAGCAUGUAUUGUCUUUCUGGGACAAGAGAAAAGAGCCAAAUGUACUAAUUUGUACAUUCGAAGAAAUAACACAGAGUCUUUUAUCGGUCAUCAAACGCACUUCUUCUUUCCUCGGAGUCAGCUUGGAAUCUGCAGAUGAGAUAAAAGUCGUCGAGUUUCUACAAAACAAGAAACUACCUCCGAAGCCCGGGGACGAGGACUCGGGGAACGACGAAUCAACCCUGGCCAACCUCGGGGACGCUGGCUGCUGGAGAACCACAAUGACUCCUUCCCUGGCAGAGAAGUUCGACAGAUGGACCAAGGAGAAACUAGCGGGAACUGACUUUAGCAAUGUGUUCAUGAUCAUAUAGUAACUGAGGAGACUGAAGGAUACUUAAACGUUGAAAAAAGUAAGGUUAGAAUCUCCUAGAGGUUCUUGUGUGGAAGGAUCUGGGUUUGGCGUCAAUUUUGGUUUGGUUUAUGUGAUCGAGUUUGAUUGCUAAAAAAUAUAUAAACGAACUUUUUAGCAUGCUGUAAGUUGUGCUUUCUAAUUUCAAAGUUAAAUCAGAGCAUUACGUGUUACAUGUCGUUACACGAUCAUUACAUAGCUCAGAGUACUUUGAGAUAUGAUAAGUGUUUAUAAUGAAAAAUCAGUAGCUGUGAAUUGGUUUGAAUGCAUAAUGUUUAUUGUUAUGUUACACUAAAUGAUUAACAUCAUAUACAUCUGUUAAGUCAGUAGGAACGGUAAGUUUGUUGAGGAAUCCAAAGAGAUUGCUAACUGUGGGCCUACUUAGUGAUAUACUUUCCUUUACAACCCCGCCAUUAUCAUUCUCACUGUUGGGUUCUAAGCCAUCAAAUGGGACUACUUCCACUGUUACAUUUCUCGAGUUGCCUUUACACUAAUUGGAUAAGUUUAAAGCCCGAUUUUGACGUAAAUUUCCUUUCCAAGUCUGGUUAUACCAUUAAACAUAAACUUUCCUAAUGCUAAUUGUUCAGUUUAAUCCAAACUUAUCUCAACUGAUAGUGACGAUUUCUGCCAGUUUAAGUUGAAACUUGGGAUUGAGUUGAAGUGUGUUCACUUAUUUGUAACCCGUUGUACACAUUUCAUGUUCAUUAAACUUCAUAGUAGGUAGGCCUACUACAUGUUUUUGUUCAUAAAUGAUAAUAUUAUAUAUUUAAAACAAAUUUGGGGGUUUUCCGAGUUCGUUUAUCUCUUCUACCCGACCGACUUUCAUGAUUGAGGUCUCAAAUCGAAGGUAUGCAAGUAGAAAUUUCACAUCAAGCAAUGACAUAUACAGUAUUUAUUUACUAUAUUACUCGACCAAAAACCAUAAAUUUGAUUGAUUUUCGAAUUCUUACUUCAAUUUAAGAUGUAUUUCACCAGUUAUAUUUAACCAUAUAAUCCUAUACAUUUUGGUCUAAGAACCUUAAGUGAAGUACCGGCAUUCGUUUAAGCUAUUAGUGAUUCAAAUCGGAAGUUUCAAGCAAACGCAAGGUGAACAACCAGCAUAAAUAAAUAAUAAAAAUUAUUUUUUAUAAGGUUUUUCUAUUAAAAAUCAAUAUUUCCAGCAUUGUUUAUGUUCUCUAUAUGUUUUGGACUCAAAAUACUCAGUAAAUUAUGCUGUGGUGGUAACUGGACGUAACCUUCUUGGUGAUAUUUAGUUUCAGUUGUUUUCUGUAUAACAUAUCCGUUCACGAUAUUAUGCGUUUCAUUUGUGUACAGCCCAUUCUGGGACAAACAUGUUACAGAAUAGCUUACAAACAAGCUCUCGUUAAGUCCGCAUUGUUUCGGAGUGUGCUUUAAUUUGAGCUAUUGGUCGUUUGAAUCAGUUAAGUUCAAGAUACUGUAUUACUCAAUCAAAAAUCGUAAAUUUGAUUAUCUCUCGGAUAUGAUAUUCAUUUCAACGCUGCGGAUCACCAUGGGUCCUCUAGUUAUUUAUUAAUUCAAUAUAGAGUUUAUAUAUAAUUCAAACAAGUUAUAUUAUAAGUAGGUGUUACUGAAGUGAUAAAAGCAUACAAAUUCUUAGUUUGUGAAAAGAAUUUAUUGUUGACACAUAAUAUUUUUUUUAUUGUUUGAAAUAUGUUUAGAUUACCUACUUCUGGAGGCAUGUAAAAUAUUUGUACAAUAAUGGUUAUUUUUGGUAAAUACAUAUAAAUUUCAUCAAUACAUUUAAAUCUUUUUAGUACAACUACAAACUUUUUUAAAGAGGGCCUUUUAAGUAGACCAUGGUAUUGCAUCGCAAACGGCUUAAUUGUGAACAGACUAGCUCUAAACUUGACAAAGGGUUUAAAUGAUAAUCUAAAAAAAAAAUUAGGGUGUACUUUAUAGUGUUUCCUUACUUCAAAGCAUGCGUUGAAUAAUCUUAUGUUUAUUUACGUUUACCUGAAUGUCAAUGUCAUAAUGUUAACACACAAUUAAUCUAGAUAGCAAACUCGUGUACUCUAAUAUAAAAAAAUGCAUCUUGAGAUACUUUAAGGUUAAACAAAUUAAGUAACAUUCAAACAAAAAUUGCUGCAUUGAGUUUAUAAACUAUUGCAUACAAUAGAAUAGUGAAAUUUCCUCAUAACCAUCCACCCAUUCUAACCAGAAUCGAAUUAACACAAAAUCCCGCUGUUGCUAAAUGCAAUCACACAAUGGGUUAGCUCGAAUCCCACUGCAAUGAUAGCCUAUCUCGGAUCUGCCAUCAGAUACUGUAGUCCACCAGCGCUGGUGCUGACGCUGUUGUAUCAUGUUUGCUCUCAGCUCCGAUAACAUUCAACGCUAAUUAUUUCCAAAUUGAAUAGAUCCAGUCAACAGUUGCUGAGCUUAACCAAACGAUUGUGAUGUGGGGGAGUUUGUUCAUUUAAAUAGCAGUUUGGCCAUUGUUCGUAUUUGAAAGAUAUAUCUUACUAAUAUUAUAAAUCUGAAAGUUUGUGAGUAUGUUUGUGUGUUGCUCAAUCACGCAUAAACUACUGGACGGAUUGAGCUGAAAUUUGGCAUGAUGAUAGCUCACAUUCCCUAUUAACAUUUAGGCAUAUUCUUACCUCAAAAAUCCAAAGGACCGUCUAUGAGUUUGAUCCAAGGAGGCUCACCGGCCAUUACUCCAGGAACAUUAGAAAACAUAGUCCGAAACGUAUAUACACAUUUGGUAACUGAUUUUAUUGUUUUAGACCCGCCAGAUUUCAAAAACUAAGGGAACUUAUAGCUGGUCUACAAAGCAAAGGAGAUUUUAAAUUUCUUAACACGAAAAUUCUUUAAAUAGAGUACUUGUCAGAAACAGUUUUCAGCUCACCACAAAAUGUACUGACACAAUUUAAAUCCUCUUUACAAGUCCAAUUAACCCUUUGUAGUGCUACAAGGCAUUUUCCUGCGUUUAUUUUAAAGUCAUCAUUGUAUUGACCAUGGCUGAAAGAGGACUUUUCAAUUGAGGCACAGAUCCAGAAUGAAUAUUCUGGAUUCCAGAAUGAAGAUAAGAUAUAAUAACUUGUAUAGUUAUUUAUCUUCAGUAUACGCUUACUACAGCGACUUUAACAUAUGAAAUUGCCUGAAUUUCAUUUUUAGAAACGUUACAAAAAUGUCCUAAUAUUUACAAAAACUAAUUGUUUUCUUGCCUCUCCUUAUCGUCUCACUUUUACCAAAACUCGUUUUGCCUAAUUUUCUCUACUCAUUCCUCUCCUAGCUCCAUACCUCCUUUCUUCUUGUUACCUCUCUUUACCUAAUAUACUCUUUCUAUUCUUCCUUUCUAUUGUCAUGACAUAAUGCAAAAUAUAUUAUGUACCUAUUUAUUAUAAACGUAAAUAAUUAUUGCAAGACUACAACCACAGCAAGAUAGGAAUAGGUAAUCCCUCUGAUUGGAAUAUCCUACGAUAAUUAUCUUGCUAAGUCCGACCUGUUUAGCUGUUUUACGUUUCUCGCUUAUCGGCCAUCGAUUAGUAUAUGUUUAUGACAAACACGAAGAAACAAAUUAAUGCGUGGAAAAAUAACAAACGUUUCGUUGCUUUCUUGUAAUCCCACAGUGCGCAAUGUUUUUCUUGAUUUCUUAAUUCUUGAACGAAAGUUAAUUGAUUUUUAGAGAACGCUUUCAUGAUUUAAUGUAUGCCUAUGCAAAAUAAUUAUUUCAUAUUUUUAUGCAGAACAAACACUUUGCUGUACAAAUCCUGUAACAUUCUUACAUUACAUUCCAACAGCAUUGUCGACAGUUUGAUAUCGAAAAACACCACGGCUGUACACUGCUACUACCUGGUGGCUAGUGAACAAACUUUAUACAGAGCUAUCCUGUCUGUACCCUGCUACGAUCUGGCGGCCAAGCGAGCAAACUGUAUAACCGGCUGUCUCAUUCAUAACAAACCAUUUUUUUGUAUAAUUCUUUAUUUUGCAAAUUUUCAAACUACAACUAGCCAGAAUAACUUUACAAUGCUAUGAUUAAGAACAAAUAUCCCACCACAGCAAACCUGCAUACAUGGCGCAUUCCUAUUUACUUGGUUGGAUAUUUAAAGUGAAUUUCGUCAAAAUGGGAAGAUUUUUACUCGAGUUAUGGUGCUAACGGGCUUAUCCUACACUUAUCUCCGUUCAUACUUGGCUUAAAAUACCUACUUUGUAUGGUCGCAAUUUCAAAUAAAAAGUAUUUAAAAAAAAGUAACUAUAGAUUUUAACGGCUGUUGUUUUUUGCUUCUAGGAGUCUAGGGACGGAAAAUUGUAAAUCGUUCCCGUGCCUAGGUCUUACCAUGAGAUCUGACAGUGGCAAUUGAUCAUUCCCUAUUUUGGCAAAUCUGCAAAAAAACUGUUGCACAUAAAACCACCCAGUUAUAAGGAAAUUUCGAAACUUUAAGCCUUACCCGUAUUAUUUAAUUUAUGAACGUAUGUGUGUCUCUGAAUAUACAUUUGAUAUUUUACUGUAAACCCCUAAGAAUGAUAAUAAUGAUCCAGUGUUUACCCAUGGUCAACUUUAUGUUGCUUUUAGAUGGGUAAAGAGGCCAGAUAAGGUUAAAAGUACUAGAACCAAAUAAUGACCUAGGAAUCGACCAAAAUGGAUACUGUAAAACAAAUGUUGUUUCAGAGAGAUUUUUUUAUAGAAUUAGCAUUUUACAAUUUGGAUGAUGACAUUAUCUCUAUGGGUUUUCUAAGUGAAUUUGUCUAUAUUUAAAGAAAUCUAGAUAGAUUUAAUUAAUAGUCAUGAAGAUUGUUAUAGGAAAAUGUUCAUUAGUUGUAUUAUGAUCAGAAAGUUUAUAUUAUAAACACAUCACAUGUCCUUUGGAAUUUUUAUUUUAAACAGAGCAGACAUCAAAAUGCAUUAAGCAUGUAUGUAAUAACUAUUAUACAUAUUAUAAUAUACAAAAAUGUUAAAUAAUAAUACUAGGUAGGGUAACCCAUGAGACUAAUAAUUUGUUCAAAACAAUAACUAUAGGGGCUAUUGCCCCUACAAGCCACUAGUAUCUUUAGAAUACGUCACCAGCGUAGAGAAACCAAUUAGGCAUAUUAUUUUUGACGUUUUCAAUUUUACCUCACUGUUUCAUGUCUUUCGCCCAUACUUUUAUUACUGUUGACUAUAAUUUUUAGAAUAUUAUAGUCAACAAGAUAUAGAAUAUUAUAGUCUAAGUAAUAUAGUUGUUUUAAAUCAAUGUUAUAUUCAAUAUUCAACAUCCAAUUAACUAUAACUCUACAGUGGUGAUUAUAUGAUAUUUGUCACUUUUGUUUUUUACACCAGUAGUGUAUGUCAAUUUUACUCUUCUUUAAUAGAUAUAACAACAGUUUUGUUGCUUUUCAGUCAUUAUUAUUUAAAUAAGAAACAAGUCGAUCCGUUUGAAUAGCUUAGUAACCAAGGCUAAAAAUUUCGAAUCAAUUUUAAUGUAAAACUGUAGUGCAGUUUGUAUUGCAUUUUUAGUCCAAGUAAGCAGCACUGGAAUGUGUUGAAGCUUAUGCACAUGGAUAUGCAAUGUAAUCAAGUUUCUAUUAGUCUAUAUAAUUUAACUUAUACCCCUACAUAUUUGUUAGUUAUCUUUAAAUAUAACAAGUACAUAGUAUAAAAUCAUUAUACUGUAUGUACAUUAUCUUGUACCAUUGAAUAAUAAAAUGGAAAUAAUUCUUUAAAGGACAGAGAAGAAAAAAUUUACAUGUGCGAAUAUUUAAACCAUUGUAACUACUAAAUCAAUUUCAGUUCUUAAUUGUAUUAUUUAAUUUUCUUACUUUAUCAGUUCCUGUACCCUAU